GGAAGAUUUGGUCAAAGAAAUAAAGGCAACGGAAGAACAUGUGGUUACGAUUUUGGACGAUAUGGAAAAGAAAAUGGAAGGUUUUGCGGAUGCUUACGGAAACCUCGAAGAGAAUGUUACAAAGUCGUUUGUAGACGCAAAGGCAGACCUCGAUUUAGUCAAGGAAUCGUUGAAGGAUGAAGUCAUCCGUUUCAAAGACAGUCUGAGAGUUGAAAUUGAUCUUAAGAAAGCAGAAGUGGAUGAUUUCAAAGACAACUCUACCGACGAGCUUUUUGGCUUUAAGGAUAGUCUUCAAACAGAAAUUGACGAUAAGAAAGCAGAAAUUGACCAGUAUAACCAAGAGGCUGCAGACAACUUGAAUGGAUUCAUGGCAAAUAUAACCGCAAGAGUACAAAAGGAGAUAGCAGAACUUGAUCUUUUGGAAGUCAAGCUUGGAAACCCCACGGUUGCAUUUAACGUGCAUAAUCCCAUGGAUACGAGCAUCGGCACCGGUGAAAAUUUCCAGUAUGCUGAUGUACUUUUGAACAAAGGGGGCGGCUAUAACACAAUCACGAGUAAGUUUGUAGCUCCGAUGACAGGCCUUUACUACUUUUCCGCCCACGUCUGUGCUCUUGCUGGUAAAUUUGUUCACUAUGGUAUUGUCGUCGGGGACAACGUGCGUGCUGCAAGUAGCCAGCGGGAGGAUACGGAUUCGAGCUGCGGCUCUGUGUCUACAAUUGCCUUAGUCAGCGACGGGGAGGAAGUUUAUGUAAAGUGCCUUUCCGGGAAUUCGUAUGAAGCACAGGUCAACGAAGGCUCUUAUCGAUGGAACUCGUUUGUCGGUGCUUUAAUACAGUAGACUUACACAAUUCAUGCAAUAGUCCCUGAUUUAAGUAAAAAUACGCUACGAAUAAGUAUUAUAUUAUCUAGUAUAUAGCUGCUUUAAGAUGGAUGACCGCAUGAUAGAAAAAAAAACUGCCGGUUAAACAUUGGAGUCAUCUGCAUACUCAUCUGUUAAUAGUUGAGAACAUAUAGAACGCUAUUUGCCCUGAUACUUCAAAUUUCCUUGUUGCUGUAACAUGUAGUAAAAACUACACACUUUCUUGAUAACUUAUUAAAAUACACUGUGAAUAUUCUAGAACUAGUGUUGCAAGACGGUAAAUAUAUUACAUAAAGUUGUAUGGACAAAAUAAAGCAACAACGAUUAUUGGUGCAAAGACAGUCAUAAUUUAUCAGCUAGGUCUACAAUUGCACUUACAUCAAUAUAUACAAUGACGCCGACACUUUCUAAAACAGACACUUUGUUAAUAACAUCAUUUAAACGUCUUUGUAAUAUAAAUACAAUUUUUCAGAGAACAGAUUACGACGAGAAAUAGAACCUGCUGUCGAAAUUCACAUGUUUUGAAAUUUCUCAAAUAACGUUUUUUUCUAAAUACCUGCCAAUCCGAGUUUUAUUUA